GCACGGAAACUGUCGUCGGCUCCGUCCGUUUGCCGAUACAAAUUAAAUUAUAAUAAAAGUAGUUAUUAUUAUUCAAAGUGGUGCAGAGAAUAACAUGAAGUAUUUUUCACUUUUGUUAAUAAUUACUGACACAAUUUGUGCUACAACAGUAGUGCAGAGUUCUGAUCUUCCCUACGAUUGCGUCUAUUGCCAGGUGGAGCAGAUUCAUAUCUCUUAUGGAGAGAAACCUAACGAUAUAGUUAUAACAUGGAAUACGAAGGCCGACACGGCGGAGAGCCUCGUGGAGUACGGUGUAGAUGAGAUAGACAAACGCGUAGAGGGAUGGCGGGUGUCGUUUAUUGACGGGCGCGGACAAUGGGUGCACCGCGUGCAACUCACCGAUCUGCUUUAUGAUACUCGAUACGUAUAUCACUGCGGGUCGCAAUACCGGUGGUCAGAGCAGUUGUGGUUCAGGACGCCUCCUGCUGGCGAAGACUGGGUGGUUCGCGCCGCCAUUUUUGGGGAUUUGGGAGUUGAUAAUGCACGGGCGCUACCUUACAUUCAAAACGAGGCACAGCGCAGUAAGUUCGACGUAAUAAUUCACGUGGGUGACUUCGCGUACGAUAUGCACGAGGAAGAUUCGAGGGUAGGAGACCAAUUCAUGCGUCAGAUACAGCCACUCGCCGCCACCGUGCCUUACAUGACCUGCCCUGGGAACCAUGAGGAGAACCGAAACUUCAGCAACUACCGCAAUCGCUUCUCAAUGCCUCUCAUGAACGAGACCGACAGUCUAUUCUACAGCUGGAACUUAGGCUCCGUGCACUUUAUUGCGAUCAAUACCGAGGCAUACUAUUUCCUCAAUUAUGGCGCCGCGCCACUCGUCAACCAGUACCAGUGGCUGGAGAAGGAUUUGAAGGAAGCUACCAAGCCGCAAAAUAGGCGGCGACGUCCUUGGCUGGUGAUGCUGGGCCACCGGCCGAUGUACUGCAGUAACAGUGAUGAUGUCGAUUGCGGCGAAGAGUAUACGCGCCGUGGUAUUUUCGGUAUGCUCGGCCUGGAGCCGCUCCUGAAGAAGUUCGGAGUAGACCUGGUAAUCUGGGCGCACGAGCAUUCCUACGAGAGGACGUGGCCACUUUACGACAACGUGGUCUACAACGGGUCCUACGAACAUCCGUAUGUUAAUCCUAGGGCUCCUGUCCACGUGAUCACCGGAUCUGCCGGCUGCAAAGAAGGCCGCGAUCACUUUAAAAACAACCCACAAAGCUGGUCGGCGUUCCGGUCACAGGACUUCGGCUACACGCGGCUGAAGGCAUACAAUAAGACGCACAUCAACAUAGAACAGGUGUCAGUGGACCUGGACGGGCAGGUAAUAGAUCACUUCUGGCUAAUCAAGAACAAGACCCUCUCCUUCAGUAUGAUCAUAUCACCGUAAAGAAUUGAACUAGUCAUCUUCGAACAUCGCAUACUAUUAAAAUUUUAUACAUCAGAGAAAAGAAGGGCACACUGUCAUGAAUGUGAAUUUUUUUGACGGGCGUUACACAUAAUAUCAUAGUCUAAGCAAAAUAUACAUUCCUAUCCAGUCAAAAUGUAUGUAUAGAACAGCGGAAUUUUUUGCUUUCUCGUCAGAGUAAAAACUGUUUAUUUUGAAGCGUACAGCCAGCAUCAAAAAUAACAUUGAAGAUUUUAGUAUAGAGACAAACUUACAUCGUGUCUGCUACUUCACGUUAAUUUGCGGGUAUUCUACUCUAGAUGCUUACUCAACUUCAGCAUCAAAAUGGCGCUUGAUCUAUCAAAGUAACUAAAAAUAACUGCAUAUUUGAUAAAUAGUAUUGAGUAAAGCAAUCAUAAUGAUAUGAAUUUACAAUACAGUUGCACCUUGCAAAAGGGCCUGCACAGAGUACCUCUUCAGAGUUCACUCUUAUACAGCCCCCACGAACAUUAUGUACAAACCAAUAUUUUGCUAGUUUAUUUGCUAUUAAGCUCGACCGCGUCAUUAGAGACUUUGAAAUAAGGUUUAUUUUUAUCUAUGAGGUAUAUAGUUCUGAUCAGAGAUCGUAUUAAGCCGGUAUUACAUUUGUCGGACGUGUCGUGUCGUGACGCGUCAGAGCGAUAUCGGUAUCAUACGCACAGCACAAGCCGUCACGUCAGAUUGCGACACACUAAUAUAAAUCUAACCAUAUUGAAUGUAUGAAUCUAGCUCGAUCUCAGUCAUUAGAUAUUGAAAUAAGGUUUAUUUUUAAGCAUAAGGUAUAUAGUUUUGACCAGAGAUCGCAUAAAGCCGGGUAUUACAUUUGUCUGACGUGUCAUGUCGUAAUGCGUCUAUAUACCAAUACCAUUCGGUAUCGAUUUCAGGAGCACACCACAAGCCGUCACGUCAGAUUGCCACACACUAAUAUAAAUCUAACCAUAUUAAAUGUACCGAUACCGUUGUGACGCGUCACGACACGACACAUCAGAGAAAUGUAAAUCCGGUUUAAUGCGGCUUCCCAGGACCCGUUUCUCGGCCCGCGCCGCGCGUUUCGCGCCGUGAGCAGAGAACAAAAAGUAAAGAGAACGGACACUCCGCCCCUCCCUAGCUUUAGAUACCGCACCACGCCCCGCGCAUUGCCGGUCACAUUGACUGAA